AUGUGGCUCUUCCGGGGCGCGCAAUCCGCCGUCUUCUAUUAUGUCACAUGCACUCCAUGUGCCGAUUCCAUGGGCAAGAGGAAGCGCAGGAAGGAAGCCGUCCGUGCCCGUUCGCAAAGAGAAAAGCAGCAGAGCGAUGCCAUCGUUACCGACCAGCCUCGGCCUUUCCAGCAGCCGACUCCGUUCAGUACGAACCCGGGGUGGAUGGAGGAGAUCGCUUUAGGUCCCAAUGGCGCGAAAAGGAGAGGUGGUCAUCGGACAAACACGACUCAUCACCGGAUAGACAGUUGGGAUACAGGAGAGUACUCCGCCGGCUCUGGUGAAGAUUAUGAUCGCAUGGUCUCCCACGCAUCACCCCAGCGGUCGAGCAAGCUUGGCUCUAGGCACCUAGGUGACCGCUGGAACCGGAUGCUCCGGUAUCAGCGCGAAGAUGAGCCGUUAUGGGGCGAAGAGGUCGAGGUCAUGGGCUCUUCGGUUGGUAUCUCUGGCCAGGGCAAGAUGGACGCCAAAGCCCCGAGCAAAUACUGCAUCACCCGUGUGCCUCCGGUCAAUGAUCUUCACCCACCCAUCGUCAGCGGACCCAAGAGUAGAGCUGAAACAAGAUGGAUGCUUCAACCUCCCCCUAGUGCUAGGGUCAUGUCUGGAAAGGACCGGAGUCGUACAGCGGCUCCACCUCCACCCGUCGAGCACAGAAGUAUGCGGAUGGGUAGCGACAAAUCAACCUUGCGCCGCAGCGGACAUACCCACACUCUACCUCCGUUAACCACAGAGAGCAGUCUUGAGUCUCCUGAGUCUCUUUCCACCCUCCCCUCUCGUUCUCCUAAAACACCGGAGUCGGCCACGCAAGAUCUUCCCCGCGCACCAUCCCCCGCUUUCUAUGCUUACGGUAAGGAUGAAUCACACUUCGUCAUAUCGUCAUCCGUUUAUUCUCCAUCCGAUUCUUGCUCGACCAUGUCCUCUGUGCACGAUUCAGACAUUGAAUCGCCAAGGGACUCCCUUCUUUCGCCCGCCACUCCCAUCUCGCGGCCUCAUUCCAAAGAUCCUAGUGAUCACCCUGAUGUCUCACGCCCUGCCAUAUCAAGAGCCUUGACUUCAGUACAUAAGGACAACAAAAAGGACGUCCAGAUGCUACAAUUUGAGCUUCCGGAUCCGCAUGAUCUUGAAGUAGGUCAAGUGGAGCGAGUACGGCCAUUCCGAUGGAGUAUGGACUUCUGA